UGGCCGUUGAUACUUUCAAAUCUUCCGGAUACAUUGUUCACAUCCCAAGUCCCUUUCGCGGCUCCGCUUCACAUCCCCAAAAUACCCCUCAAGCUUAAGACCAGGCUUGACAGCUAAGUCGAAACUCUGUUGAUUGUUGAUAAUGUUCAGAUCCAUCGAUCAUCUCCGCGACAGCCAAGCUCCAGAUGAUUAUCCGCGAGUCUACCUCUUUGGCGAUUCUCUAACGGAAUGGGGGUGUUCGGAAUUGGAUUCGGGGUUUGGGUGGAGAUUAGAACAGUAUUACAAAGACCGGGUUGAGGUUGUCAAUGAAGGAUAUGCCGGACAAACGACAAGGUCGCUUCGCAGAAUCUUCAAGGAACGAAUCCUUGACAAGGCAAAGGAGCGUGGCUCACCCGCGCCGCUCUUUAUAACGAUAUUUCUUGGAGCUAAUGACGCCUGUUUAGAUGGUGCCGGCACAUACGUUCCCAUAGAAGAAUACGAAGAACAUAUCCGACACUAUGUCAAUAGCAUCCUUAAUCAUCCUGCUACAAAGGGCACUAAAGUCAUUUUGAUUUCACCACCACCGGUCAACGUACCUCCUCCUCCAAAAGAGGGCUCGGAAAGCGACUUGGAUAUCCCCUCGGUUGCCGACGCUUUGUGGCAUGUGGCUGCCAAGGGUCGAGGCUACAGGACUUGGGAAUCGAAAAGAAAAUUUGCGAAGAAAAUUGUCGAAAUUGGGCAUGAGUUUCAGGAAAGGGCGGAACGAGUGGCACUUUUAGACUUCUGGACUAUUAUCACCAAGGCUGCGUGUCUAGACGACGGCGACGGCGACCCAGGUGAUAUCUUCCACAAACUUGAUCUCGAAGAUAUAUUACCAGGCUGUGGCAUGCCGGGGUCGAAACGAUUUGGACGCGGUUAUUUCACUGACGGCCUCCAUCUGGGCGAAAAGGCAGGUUUUUGCAAGUGACGUUGUGCGGAUGCCUUUUAUCUGCUAACGUUAUAGUUGACAGGGGUAUGAAAUUCUCGGCCAAGGUCUCUUAGAUCUCGUUUUAAAAAGAUGGCCAGAGUUGAAAAGCGAGAAUUUCCCGAUCCGGCCGUGCGAGAUAACUUCGGCAUAAUCUUGUCCCUCGGAACACUCGUCAGACAGUGAAGGAUUGACACAAAAGGUCAACAGCAUUGUAGAGGAAAUAAUGAUGCAUUCCUAUUUAGCCUUUGUUUAAGGUGUUGCCGGAACCUCUUGGGUUUUCCUCUUUGAAUUCAUCCCACGCUCGUGCCUUCAUCGUUUCUUCGUCGGCCUUCUUCAUGUCAUCUUCGUCAAUUUCUUUCGGCGCGCCAGAUUGUUCACCCCCACCUUCGAUAAUUCCUCC